AUGAAUAUGAUCAAAGAAGUCCGUCAGUUGAAGCGAAAAGUCAUACCGGUGUCUCUUGAGGAUUUGGAAAACUCUCAGCAGGGAAUCUUGGCACAAAAUGUCCGGAAUAAUACUGUUCGCUAUGUCGAGCUGUUUGAAGACGUGGUAGAUGACUUGCUCCUUACAAUUCCAUACACAGAAGAGCCCACAACUCCGACAGAUAUUUUAAACGUUGGAUUUGCCCGCAGACAUCGAGAAGAGCGCGCCCAAGCGCAGGAAGGAGAAGUCUCUGAUACGUACGAGUCGUACUACUUGAAGCGGCACAUGGCUCGUCGCUAUGACGUGCUCUUCACUCCCGAUACAGAAAGUAAAAACGCAGUAUACGCGAUUCGCGAUGUGGACUCCCAAAAAAUCGGCCACUACGUCACAAUCCGCGGAAUCAUCACCCGUGUCGGCGAAAUGCUCCCCAUGGUCCGCAUUGCCGCCUACGAAUGCCGCCAAUGCCACCAAGAAUGCUUCCAACGCAUCGUCCGCCGCUCCUUCACCCCGCUCAAAGUGUGUCCCAGCGAGGUGUGCAAGCGGAACCACUCCAACGGCGACCUGGUCAUGAAGCUCUCCAACUUCAAAUGGGCUCGCUACCAGGAGGUCAUUCUCCAGGAGUGCAGCGACCAGAUCCCCGCGGGACACAUCCCUCGCGUGUUGACCGUGCAGCUGCGCGACUCCGUGACCCAGUCCUGCGUCCCUGGAGACAUCGUCAGUCUGAGCGGUUGCUUCCUCCCCACGCCGUACACCGGGCUGAAGGCGCUGCGCGCGGGGCUCAUCACGGACACCUACUUCUUCGUGCACCACGUGCACCACCACAACUCCGCCGAGGACACCGCGCUGCCGCCCCAGCGCGUCGCGCGGGAGCUGAAGAAGCUCGCGCGGCGCGACGACGUGUACGAGCACCUCGCGCAGUCCCUCGCGCCCGAGAUCUUCGGUCAUCUCGACGUGAAGAAGGCGCUGCUGCUGCAGAUGGUCGGCGGAGUCACGCGCGUGACCGACGAUGGGAUGAAGAUCCGCGGGGAUAUCAAUGUGCUGCUGAUGGGCGAUCCCGGCGUGGCCAAGUCGCAGCUUUUGAAGUACAUCGCGACGGCGGCGCCGCGCGGCGUGUACACGACGGGCAAGGGGUCCUCCAGUGUGGGAUUAACCGCGGGAGUGAUGCGGGAUCCCGACACGGACGAGCUGAAAGUGGAGGGCGGCGCGCUGAUUCUGGCGGACACAGGGAUCUGCUGCAUCGAUGAGUUCGACAAGAUGAGCGAGGGCGAUCGCACGUCCAUCCACGAGGUGAUGGAGCAGCAGACGGUCUCGCUGAGCAAGGCCGGCAUCCAGACCACGCUGAACGCGCGCGUGUCGCUGCUGUGCGCGGCCAAUCCGCUGUUCGGCCGGUACAACCCCAAGAAGACGCCCGGGGAGAACAUCAACCUCCCCACCGCGCUGUUCUCGCGCUUCGACCUGCUCUUCCUCAUCCUGGACAAGCCGAACCGCGAGCUGGACCGCGAGCUGGCCGAGCACAUCGCGUACGUGCACAAGAACGGCGAGAGCGAGGAGCAGGCGGCCGCCGUGCCGCUGGAGAUUCUCCGCGCGUACAUCGCCGAGGCGAAGCGGCACGAGCCGUUCGUUCCCGCGGAACUGAUCCCGUAUAUCGCGGAUACGUACGUGAACAACCGGCAGAUCGACGCGCGGACCGCGGAGAAGAACGGCGAGCUCACGUCGAUGACGGCGCGGCAGCUGCUGGCGACGCUGCGGCUGGCGCAGGCGCACGCGAAGGUGCACUGGCGCGACGAGGUGACGGCGGGGGACGUGGACGAGGCGCUGCGGCUGGUGUAUAUGAGCAAGGCGUCGGUGCUGGAGUCGGAAGAACCGUCGAACCGGAGGGAGGAUGUGCUGUCGGUGGUGUAUGCGGUGGUGAGGGAGCUGUUCGUGGGGAAGGGAGUGGACGUGAUGGACGUGGGGGAGGUGGAGAGGUUUGUGAUGCGGAAGGGAUUCUCACAGAUCCAGCUGGAGGAGUGUAUUCAGCAUUACUCGGAUAUUAAUGUGUGGAUGCUCACGGAUGAUAAUUCGAGACUGGCGUUUGUUUGGAAUGUUUGUUGGAAUCAGUUUUUUGUAAUUGUGGGCAGUAGUGCGAAGAUGUCAGUGGAUAUCAACGUUGAAGCGCUCUCGGACGAGUUGAAGCUGGAGGGAAACAAGUUAUUUGCCGAGAAUCGAUUUAGCGAAGCUUGUGAGAAGUACACCGAGGCAAUCAAUAUCUGCCCUACCGCGAUUCUCUAUGGUUCCGUCCUUGUGAAGUUUCUGAUCCCUAGCAAACCGCUCCUUUUGCUACCUGAAAAUGGAGUAUGCGGGUGA